UAAACCAAAAAACCGAUUGGGACCCGAACCCGAAAGUAUAUUGGGUUGUACCGGUUCUUUGAAGAUUCACUAACCCCGACCCGAACCCGAUAGAACCCGAACCGGUCCCGAACCGAACUUUCAUAUAAACCGAAUGGGGCUGAUUUUGAUGAACCCGAAAAACUAAAAUCCGAUUGGAUAAAACCGAAACCCGAUUGGGACCCCGAAUGCCCAGGCACUGUGCCGCUUUCGGUUUGUUCCUUUGUUGGUGUAUAGUUGUUGUUGUUUCUGAUUUCCGCUACUUGUUAUCUAUGUAUCGUCUGUCAAAAAUUGAAAAUGGUAAUAAUAAUUUAAUAUUUUUACCAAAAAAAAAAAAAAAUAUACUUUUAGUGAUGAACUAUUGCAAUUUUUGGUGAUGAACCAUUGCAAUUAUUGGUGAUUGUAAUUUUUGGUAUUAAUCAUUGCAACUUUUGGUGUUAACCAACUCUUGCAACAUUUGAUGUUAACCAACUAUUGCAACAUCUAGUCUUCUAUAUAAGAAGUUGUGGAUAUUGACAAAUCAUAACAAAAUAAAUCACAAUAAUUUGAUAAGUUUUCGCAUUAUAAGAAUUGUGUAUUUUCAUUAAAAUUGAGAUUAUAAUAUCUUAAUAAGUGUCUUUAUUAGUUUUAAAAGUUUUAUCUUCUCAUUAUAAGAAUUGUGUCUUUUUGUAAAAUAAUGAGAUUGGUAUUGUGUUUGUAGUGUACGAUAUCGCACGGUUCUUUACCUAGUACUCUUAAUGUUCCACUCUACAUUCAAGCCAUAAAAAUGUUUUAAAAAACCUUUCAGCAUUACAUUCCAUGACAGAUUAAUUUGCACAAUAACUGUGAAAUCAUCUUGGGAAGCAAUCCAAGUCAAAAAUACAAAAAAGUUUACAUACUGAACAUAUUUGAAAACGUUGAGAGAGGAAAAGGGAGUCGGCUUAGGAUAAGAGUUUUAGUUGUAAAACUUGUAAUGGAGCUUUUAUUGAACUUUUAAUGGGCCGUAUAUUUGCUAUAUGUGUUUACGUUCUCUUGUGCAGAAGAAGAACUUGUGUGUUUCCAUCGGCUCAUUUGUGCAGAAGAAGAGCUCCAAAAAUACAAACCGAACACGCCCAAAUAAGCUUGAGUUAACUACAAUCUUCUCACCUUCAAUCUUUUCAACUCAACUAUAUGAGUCUAUGACCACCAAAAUUCAUACUUUCAUGUUCAAAUUCCAUAGUUUUGAUAUUUCCUAAAAAAACCUGAGAAGAUGUAUAAGUUUGAUUCAUUCCCAGCAAAACGAUACAAGCAAGGUUUGGUUUAAGAUGUUUUGUAAUUUCAUUCAUAAGUAGUACAUCACUCUCCACUAUCACUUGUGUUAUUGUUUAGUCCUUUUAAUUAAGGUUUGUUUUAGGAAUACUAUAAGUGUUAUUGUUUAGUCCUUUGUAUUGUUGCUAAAAAAAAAGGAAUACUAUGUAUUAUAUGUACCAUGGUAGCUAUUUUAUAACCAUGGUUACAUAAUGAUACGUAUAAUAUUGAUACGAGAAGGGGUUAUUGAACAGCAUUUCUUGAUAUGAUGAAAUAGAUUUAGGAUUUUGAUAAAUGAAUGCAAUAUUUUGGAUGCGUAAUGAAUGCAUCUCUCUCUCACCAGCUCAAUGGGACAACUAAGACUUGUCUUCGGUGUCGCAUAGGCCAACACACAAUCCGUGAAUUCUAUUUUCAGUCAUAAUUGCUUCUCUUUUAACGCUCUAGUGUUUACAUAUUUAUUUAUAUUGUGAUGUUCUUAGAGUAUACUAGCCUAACUCAUGCCGAAUUGAAAACCUAGUUAACUCAAUAGUAACUUUAUAUUCUCUCUGAUGUUUAUUUAAGAUCUUAAAAUUAAAAAGUUUAAACAUAAACCAAACUAAAAUCCAGAUUAACACCUCUAGUCAAGGAAUUAACUAGACAUUGCUUUCAAAUAUGCGAUAUGGUCUAAAGACAAGUGGGUACUUAGAUUAAUAAUUUUGGACAAAAAUUCAUUUUUAUAAAUUUUGCUGGCUUCAGAAUUUAGAUUGAAAGGGACAUUGUGACUGAUUACUACUGUAGUUAAUACGCAGCUAGUUAUUAAUUAGUGGAGCCAAACUAAUAAAUUAUUACUAAGUUCAAAUUCUAAACAUUACACACAGCCAGAAGACGGAAGACAGAAGACACCCUAAUUUCAACAUGUGGCAAGUCGUAAUUGGGUGAGUUUCUGGUGAUGGAGGGUACGAUGCAGCCAAGAACCUAAUUUUCCCACCGUUACACUAUUAAAAAAAAAAGCUAAAAAAGCAAAAGAGGUCACGUGCGGGACCAAACAAUGACCCUUGUCUGAAUAUGAUCAUUCGUCUCCCUCUCUCCCACAAUUGUUUCUUUCUUUGUAGCAUUACACUACUUCAUCUCUGGAACGGGGAAGUGGAGUAAGUAAAACGUUGGGGUCUGCUAGUAUUGGUUUCACUGCGUUUAAAGGAAUCGUAACUCAAUUCAAAAGAAUUCGAUUUUUUUUUUGUUUUAAAGCUAAAGCUUAAAGCUAAAGUAUGGGUUGUUGAAGCUGUGUAAGAACUCUUUUUCUGGGUUUCAUUUUUCUCGUUUGGCUCCUUUGUUCGUCGAGGAGAUUAUACCAACAAAACCCCAGAAAGUUCCUAGAUUUAGAUCUUGUUUAUCAAAGCUUCUAGCUUUUUUUAUCUCUGGAUUUUCAAAAAUGGGUCUGUGUCAUUCAGUAGAUAGGAAGGAACCAGGAGAAACAAGCACCACCGCCUCAACGGCGGAGGAUGAUAUAUUAGGCUCCGGAAGGUGGCGGCGGCCGAGAGGUUACAAGGGAGGCGGCGAAAUCGAAGGGACUCAACAGGCUUUGGAUCGGUUGAUCUCGAAUGGUUCAAAUAAAGUUGCAUGUCUUUACACACAAGGCAAGAAAGGAACCAAUCAAGACGCUAUGCUCGUCUUUGAGAACUUUUGUUCGAGAGACGAUACAGUGUUUUGUGGUGUAUUCGAUGGACACGGACCAUUUGGUCAUAUGGUUGCCAAGAAAGUCAGAGACACAUUGCCCUCCACACUCUCAACACAGUUGAAAUUAGCAUCAGAGUCAGAACAAAGCGGCUUAGUGAAUGAGGAAGAAGAAGGGCAGAGAAGCGAGUCUGUUAUUACUACUAUGGAUGAGCAAUGGUGUGAGUUAAUUCCAAACGGUGAACAACUUCCAGAGAUGUAUCUGCCUCUUAAACACGCCUUGCUCAAGUCUUGUCAGCAGAUAGAUAAAGAGCUUAAAAUGCAUCCUACUAUUGAUUGUUUCUGCAGUGGAACCACUUCUGUCACUUUGAUCAAGCAGGGUGAGGACUUGGUGGUCGGAAACAUCGGUGACUCGAGAGCUGUUCUUGCCACAAGAGACAAAGACAAUGCUUUGGUCGCUGUACAACUAACCGUAGACUUAAAACCAGACCUGCCAAGUGAAUCAGCGAGAAUCCAAAAAUGUAAAGGCAGAGUCUUUGCGUUGCAAGAUGAGCCAGAGGUAGCUCGUGUAUGGUUACCAAACAGCAACUCACCUGGUUUAGCAAUGGCUCGAGCUUUUGGUGACUUCUGUCUCAAAGAUUACGGUCUUAUCUCAGUUCCAGACAUCAACUACCGCCACCUUACAGAAGAAGACCAGUUCAUCAUUCUUGCUAGCGACGGUGUAUGGGAUGUGUUAUCUAACAAAGAGGCUGUGGACAUUGUUGCUUCUGCUCCUAGUCGAAGCACAGCAGCUAGAGCUUUGGUGGACACAGCGGUUAGAUCAUGGAGAAUCAAGUAUCCAACUUCAAAGAACGAUGACUGUACUGUAGUCUGCCUCUUUCUACAAGAUUCAAGCAAUGUAGUAAAGGAUUCACACAAUGAAGACUCUGUAGAGAGUGUCAGUAUCAGUAACAAGGAGGAGGAGAUUGUUCCAGUUAAAGAGGAAAGUAUCUCUAAGAGUUGUGGGAUUGAGUCAAAGAUGAUGACAAUGACACUUGCUGAAUGUAUAUCGGUUGCACAGGAUGAUGAAGAGUGGUCUGCUUUGGAAGGGUUGACUAGGGUUAAUAGUUUAUUGAGCAUUCCAAGGUUCUUCUCUGGUGAGCUUAGAUCAACUAGUUGGAGAAAAUGGUUGUGACUUCUUUUUUUUUUUGUUUACUUGUGUGCUUCUAAGUUAAACCUACACAAACACUACACAUCAUCACCAUGUUCUUUGUUUCAUAUUCAACUUUUGUUUUUUCUUCUUCCAAUUAAUAUUUUAGACAUGUGAGAUAGUUCAUCA